GACAUCAGUGAGGAGGGAUGUCUUAGGAACUGCUCAGGAUUGGCUUGACAGUGGUUUGAGGGGCGGGCUUUGAGCUAUUCUGGAAAUCCUCUACGUAGCGCAUCUGUAUCGGCAAAAACACAGCGCUGUGAUGCGUGGGUAGCCGAAUUCAGUGAAUUUCCCUCACACGCAGGUGUUUAUCAAUCUUCUUCUCCCUGAACCUAUUAAAGCUGGAAACCUCCAUCAGACCUCUAAUGCAAUGGGUGGAUACACAACACUAACCCUUUAAAAGGUAGAGUGUAAGAGUCUACCAGACCAGGUGAGAGCAUGGCACAGGUAGAGGAGCCUCAGACUGAAGGAGAGGGCAGCCCCCAGAUGAUCUCCUUAAGGUCAGACAUAUCAGGGAACCAUGUGGACGACAGAGAGGGGCCAUCCAUGAGAAGGAAGAGGAGGAAGAAGAAAGACCCACGUCCGGAGUCUAUUAUUGUUUACCGCUCUGAGAUGGAGAGGGCAUCUGGAGAGGAGCAAGGCGGUGAGGAGGGAGGAGAGAGGAGCACGGAGGAGGGAGCUCAGUUCCUCUGCACGCCUACAGGCGAGGGUGGAGGAUGGAGCCUACCUCCAGACAGCCGCUACGUCACCUUGACAGGCACCAUAACAAGAGGGAAGAAGAAAGGCCAGCUGGUGGACAUUCACCUCACAUUGACAGAGAAGGAAAUCAGGGAUCUGGCCAAAUCAAAGGAACGUCUUGAUGCUGAGUGUGAGGCAGGUGAAGGAUACAAACGCCCCUGUGGCUUCGGCGUAUGCCAGGGACCCCACGUUGUCCUGUGGAGCCUCUCCUGCGCCCCGGUGGUUUUCCUCCUCUCCUUCAUCACCUCCUUCUACUAUGGCACCCUGACCUGGUACAACAUCUUCCUGGUGUACAACGAGGAGCGGACGUUCUGGCACAAGAUCACAAUAUGCCCCUUCCUCAUCAUCUUCUACCCCAUGCUCAUCAUGCCCAUGGCGCUGUCUCUGGCUCUGUACUCAGCUUUGGUUCAGGUGUCCUGGGCCGGCAGUGAAUGGUGGCAGGAUGUGAGAGACCUGGAGAAGGGCUUCUGUGGCUGGGCCUGUGGGAAGUUAGGACUGGAGGACUGCUCCCCCUAUAGCAUAGUGGAGCUGCUUGACUCUGAUACUGUUUCUGGAACUCUGCAGAGCAAAGCCCCCAGUGAACUUGCUCAGACAUCAGCUGUGUAAAGAGAGGAAAACAAAGGCACCUGUUUACGUAGGCUUUAAUUUAUAGCGUUAUUACACGCAUGUGCCAGACAAUUCAAGUGAUGCACAGGGAAGUAUUUGAACACUGGUUUACUUUUCUGUAACUUAUCAAACACUGCCUGAACUGUCCUCAAAUGCUGGACUUUUACUUUUGACUUUACUUUCAAUUUUGUAAGGCAUUAUUUGAUCCAGAUAUCUUUCAACUAUUUCAUUCAGCAUGGGAGUAAAAAUAUUGUAAUUUUUUACAUUUUUACGUGUUAUGGUUAUUGAAGUCAUCCUUCUAUCACUGAACCCCACUAACAUAUGUUUUGAUAUAUGCAGGCCUUGGUGCUCCCUGAAGUAGAUGUUAGAGAAACAAGUUGUGGACACUGAUACAUACAUUGUGUGAAACCAAGUUUCAUACUAUCUGUAAAUAUGUGUAAUUUAUUGUAUGUGAUCACUAUGCUGUGCAAUGACAUCAAAAAUGGCACCCGUUUCAAAGGCAAUGCUGUCUUGUUUGUGAAGUAAUCAUAAUCACUCACUGAAGUGAUGUUUGAAGUGAGGCUGGAUUUUCAACUGGAAAAAGGAGGCAGCUGCCUCAAGGGCCCAGUAUGCAGGUUUACUUGCUGCUGAAACUAUAGGUGGGGGAAUGUCUUGUUAUCAGGUUCUGUCUGCAUCUCUUUAAAAAAGAUUAAGGUUAGCCACAAUUGACGCCUAUAGAAAGACCCCAAACAUCUUUGCCAUAGUCAUUCUUUUGAAAUUGAGAUAUAUUUAUUCUCUAGCUCCCAAAGCUUUUUGGUUCCAUAGGAGGACAUAAAUCUUUCAAAACACUAACAUAAAGAUGUACCUUCUUAACCAAGUUAAAUUAAGUGCACUGUUACCCUAAAAGCUUAGCUCUACAGAUCUGAGAAAUUGUUAUAUAACAGGCAAAACUAGCAGUAUCUUACAGUCCAUUUUGGGCUGACUUAAAAUAACACUGAUUGAUUGAUAAUUGUGAUUGUUAGGCAAAUGUAAAAAUCUACAGCUCAGGAAUAAUGACUACAUACAUAUGAAGUAAGUGUUAGAAUGAUUAAUCCAGUGUUGAUGUCAUGGGUUUUCACAGAAAGUGAAAUUUUGAACGUUACCAGCCUCAUAAAUGAUCACCUUAUGAUAGUUACCUAACAUGGUUCAUAUUUUCAAAUAUUUGUGCUUCAUUAAGAAGCUCUGCAGCCUAUUGAUGGUUUCUGGGCAUCAACAUAAAUAUUAAUGAAACUGUGAUAUUAGGUCUGUUGAGUGCUCUGCUCUUGAUGUAUGCAUGUGCAUACUGUACAGAGAGAGAAAGGAAGAAAGAGAGAAAAUGAUCAAUACUGGUCUAUGGCUCAUUAUUGCCCCCAGGCCCACUACCAGGAUUAUCCAGCCAUGAUUUGAAGCCAUAGUCGGGACAAUGCUGACAAAUCAGACUUUUCUUUCAUGAAUAUUUGUUCUUUGUGUCAUAUUUACAUUUGUUUGUGGCAUCAUUUACACAGAUGUUUGGUAUCUUACUCUCUCAUAGUCUCUACUUGAGUUUUUGUCACAAUUUUGAUCCACCACAACUGAAUGAAGCUGUCUGUGAUUUUCCAACUUCCUGUUACAUACCCGAACAGUCAUAAUUUGGAUGUUGAUGUAAUUUAUUUUUAAUAUCUAACACAAGAACACUUCCUUACAUUGUUAUUGAUAGGUGUUUUGUACCCUGGCACUUUGAAACAGCUGUAGCGGAUGACAGGUGAAUAUGAUGUUUGAAUAAUGUGGUUAUUCAGACGUUUAUGAUCAGACUUGCUGUGUAAAGUUUUGACAUUCAUAGAGAGACAUGGAUCAGGGGUUGAUGAUUGAGGCUGUAGGCUAUUCCACAUUUCAUGUUGUGAAACUUUAGGAUGCAAAUUAAAGAAUCACACAAAUAAAAGUAUGUCAUAACAUUG